AUGAUACAACAACCGAAACCACCUCAACAAGGACUACCUCAUACCCAGCACCAAUCACUACCACUACCUCAGUCUUUCUUAUUCCCCUCGCCGGCGCCAUUGCCUUCUACCGCAAUAUUGUUUUUUGUCUAUCAUUUGGUGUGGUAUCGACCUAUUAUCCCAGAAGAUCUAGCCGUUGAAUAUUUCGAGAAAUUGCAAGAUGUUCAGAAUUAUCCAGAUCCAAUAUUUUAUCUGCAUUUAUGGAUAUCAGCGUUGACUGGUUUGGCUGAAGCUUGUGCCGGAGGAAGUGGACGUGGGUUUAAUAAUAUUCCAGUGAAUAAUAACAGUGACGACAAAAAUAUAGAUUAUAGUAAUAACUUAAAUUCUAUUACUUUUGGUCACUCGAUUUUGUGGAAAAGUUUCGUGUUGCUUCCAUUACUAAUCGAAAAACUUGAAUCACGGAAAACGGAGAAAUCAUCAUGGCUAGAAAAAGAUGAUGUUCAGAUGGAGGAAGUUAAGAAUCGAUGUCAUGAAUCUGUAAUUGACGAAUUAUUCGGGUUCACUGGACUAAUAAGUGCGUGUAAUAAACAAGUAGUAACUGACAUCAAUAGUCAUGAUACUAGCGAUAACAAUAUGAUACAAGACACAUCUGACAUAUCUGUUGACAUAUUAAAAGUAUGUCUUAAGCGACAUUUAGUGCGACGAGAAUUCGUCGUUGGAUUGUUGAAGGAUCGGGCUGUGGAGCUCGAAUGGGAGGGGAUGGACGCUACGGAUCCGCAUGCUUUAGCGGUUACAAUUCUAGAUAACCCGGUGAUGAUAAAUCAUUUGGAGGUUACUUUGCCGCUGUAUUUAAAUCAUGAAUCAAGCGUGGAAACAAUAAUGAAGUUAAUCUCAACGUGGUGCACAAAUAAAGAUAUACAACUACAGCCGCUAGCGAUGCUAUGCCGCAUUCUAAUUCAAAAUACCGCAUUACUGGAUCUUGUUCUUUUGUAUCGACAUCCUGCUGAAUUAUUGAUGCCUUUGGAGAAGUUGUGUAAUAGUUGGGACAAAGAAGCGUCGUCAUCUUCGGCUAUAGUGUCGUUAUCAUUGUCAACAGCUGACAAUGGAAUUGAUUCAUAUAAAGAAGAUUACGAAAAUUUUGGAAUAAUUUUCUUACUUAUUAUUACUGUGAUUACACGAUAUGAUCUACACACUAAUAUAUCUGAAAUACUGCUCGAUAAACAAGGAUUUGUUUACACAUGGCUUCAUCAACCCUCUAUCACGUUUUCUCUUGAAUCGCUUGAUAACGAACAUCGAAAUCUCGUCUCACAUUGGAAUAGUUUUAUUUCGUCUUCCAACAACGAUGAUGAUACGUUAUCCUCGAAUUCCAUUCCGGAUGAUCUUCUAAAAGAAUCAAGUCCCAGAUCACUAAUACAACUAUCACCAACUAUCUUCCAACAACGCAUACGAGAACUUGAGUCAAACGAAAAUAUUCUGAAAACGAUAACCGCACGAGAAUCCGAACCAACCGAAAAUACUCCGAAAACGAUGUUGAUGGGCUUUAAUUUAUUCCUGGAACCCUGUUGCUCUUUCUGCUUAAUCGGAGCUCUCCAAUGGUUGUGUAAUGAUGCUUUGUUAAAAGGACAACCUUCGAUAUCCUUGGAAGUAAUUAAAUCUUUAUUAUCAUCAUCGUCUUACGAGAAGAUUCCGUCAGUGAUAAAAAGUUUAGUAGGUCCUCAUAUUUUGGACGUCUUGCGAAAACCAGCAUACAUGAUGGAUACGGAAAUCGCUUCAAUAACAGAAAAAAUUAGGCGAAAUCUUGCUUUUAAUCCGGAUUCAAAAAUAUCUUUAAUUCGAUUUCAACCACCACCAAUACAUCAUUUCGAAAAUGAUUUGUUUCGUGAGGUUUUGCAAGUUGGUGGGCCUCAUGUUUUUGUGAGGCUAAUUUUUGAGGAAGUUUUAUCUGCCUCUAAAUAUAGCAUAAGUUUACGUGCAGCUGAACUGGGAGCAUCACUGCUUAUGACACAACUCACAUACUCGAAUAACCCACAUCUUCACCCAUCAACUCUAAUUUUACUAUUCACCGAAACACUUGCCUCAACAUUCACAAAAAAGAUCGAAUCAUAUGCCCAAGGAUUCACAUUAGGUCUUUUAUCGAUGCACGUUCUUUUACGCACAAAUGCUUUUACGGUGGUGGUUGGCGAUAAAACGUUAUAUGAACAUUUCCGUGAGAAUGUCUUGAAUAAAACUAGCAAUGUUAGCAGUAGAGAUGAUAACAAUCACGAGGAAGACAGUUUUAAGGUUCCAAAAUAUUCUCCGGUAAGAGGAUUUGCGGAUGGGUUGUUAUCGCACGUGGAAUUGUUGGAUAAAGCUCCGGAAUUAUUGAAAUAUUUAAAAGAAUAA